AUGACAAAAAGGGAUGGAUCAUCAAAGAAAGUAGAUAGGAAAAGAUCCGCAAAAUCGGAGUUGCUAACCCCAAAGAAACCAAAGAUUGAGGAACUAUUGAAGCAAUGGGAUGAACUUGAUGAACAGGAAGAGAAAAAGCUGCUUGAAACAAAAGACGACCCUACAGGGGUGGAUCAAAGUCGAUCUUGCCCCUACCUGGACACUAUCAAUCGAAACAUGCUUGACUUCGACUUUGAAAAGCUGUGCAGUAUCUCCCUCAGCCAUCUGAACGUUUACGCAUGUCUAGUUUGCGGCAAAUACUUCCAGGGGCGUGGUUCCAACACACAUGCCCAUACUCACAGUGUGAAUGAAAAUCACCAUGUAUUUUUAAAUCUGGAGACGCACCGUUUCUACUGCCUGCCAGAUAACUAUGAAAUAGUGGAUGGAUCACUGGAAGAUAUUACCUAUCUUCUGAAUCCUAUCUUUCAGAAAGAUGACAUCACGAAGCUUGAUACAAAUGCCAGUAUGGUGCGAGCUUACAAUGGCCUAACAUACUACCCCGGAUUUGUGGGCUUGAAUAACAUCAAGGCUAAUGACUACUGCAACGUGAUUCUGCAGUUAUUGAGCCACAUCAGUCUUCUUCGUGAUUUCUUCCUGCGACCGGAAAACUACCAAGAACAAAUUAAAAGAGCCUCCGCUGGAGACCACAUGACCCUUCUUGUUCACAGGUUCGGUGAACUCAUCCGCAAACUGUGGAAUCCCCGGAAUUUUAAGACGCACGUUUCUCCUCAUGAGUUUCUACAGGCGGUGGUCCUGUGCAGCAAGAAACGCUUCCAAUUUACGGAACAGGGCGACGCAUUGGAAUUCCUCUCGUGGCUUCUAAAUGCCCUUGAUCAGACCUUAAGGCCCGUGUCUAAGGGUCAGCCCGUGAAACCGACCAUAAUUGGGAGAGCCCUGCGAGGUCGCAUGGUCAUUCACAGCCAAAAAGUGACACCGGUCAACAUCACGCCAGAGCAAGCGGAGCAAUAUGCCACUGAUCCAGAAUACAUGCCGCGGAUGACGGAGUCGCCCUUCCUCUACCUCACCUGCGACUUGCCACCUCCACCUCUAUAUCUGGACGAGUUCAAGGAGAGCAUCAUUCCUCAAGUUCCACUCUCUACCCUUCUGGCCAAAUUUAACGGAGUCAUGGAGAAGGAGUACAAGACGCACUGCGACUCCACCAUGCGUCGCUUCUGCCUCAAACGCCUCCCGCCCUAUCUCAUUCUCUUCAUGAAACGCAUCGUAAAGAACAUCUUUACGCUGGAGAAGAACCCUACCAUCGUCAAUUUUCCCAUCAAGAGCAUCGAUUUUGGUGAGCUGCUCGAUCAAGAAGCACGUGCCCAACACAAGUACACCAUCUACGAUUUGGUGGCCAAUGUGGUUCACGACGGUCCACCCACCCCAGGCGCAGGCACUCACCGAAUUUUCGUGCUGCAACGCGGCACGGGCAAGUGGUUUGAAAUGCAGGACCUCCACGUGAAUGAAGUCCUUCCGCAGAUGAUUCCUCUCAGCGAAUCCCUUAUUCAGGUUUGGGCGGUGAACAAGACUAUUCCAAAUCCAUUUUACAAAGAUAAGAAAACAAAAAAGACUGAUGAAAAGGCUACCGACGAAAAUGGGAAUCAAAAGGAAGCUGGGGAAGAGGCCUGA